AUGUCUGUUCGACCGGACAAGCGCGAGUUUGCGCCAUCUGCCGACCGGGCCACCUUCCUCGGUCGACGGCACCGCAUUAUGGUUGUCUGCACCAUGUUCGUAACGUCCUCGGGACACAUCGCUAGCGAACUGGCGAAACGAACCCUGAUCCAACAUGCCACGGAUGUGAACCACAUCAAGGCCUUGCGGUUAUUCGAGGAAUUCCGCAAGACUGGGGACCUCAAUGCGGCAGCAGAUUGUAUCCACAAGUGGGAACGACUGGCCGGAGUAAAUCCCGAUGCGGCUGCGCUACCCGCUUCGCGGCUGCAUGCCUGCGCCUACCUCGCCCGCGCCUAUAGUGAACGAUAUAAAUUUGUCGGAGACCAGAAAGACCUUGUAGAUGCCGUCACUCGCGCAAAAGAGGCAUUAGCCGCAGCGGAAGCCCGAUCUCUCUCCUGUCCCACAGUGCUGACGUUGUCAGGAAACAUCCUCCACCUGGAUGCAGAAAAACGCGGCAAUGCCGCACACCGGAAGCUUGGAGACAAUCUGUGUCGCGAGGCAGUACCAUUACUGUCCUACGAGCACCCCCUUCGCGCGAAUGCCCUCCGUAAUGUCAACAACGCGUCAUGGCGGCUAUUUGAAAUGACACACGAGCGCUCGCAUAUCGAUGAAGCGAUUGCCUCGCAGCGAAUCGCACUUGAACUAGCAUCCAUACACAAGUAUCCUGACGAGCAUAACUAUUUCAGCCUUCUGGGGAUGUACCUUUAUAUACGCUUCCAGGUCCUGGGCGACCCUGCAGAUUUGGAUGAGGCCGUUGCUUUGCACAGGACAUCGGUUGAUCUUUGUCCAAUAUCAUAUGUCGGCCGCGAGCAUAUCUUGAGCAGGCGAAAUCAAGCACUACGGUGUCUCUUCGGUCGCGAUGGUCAGCUAACCGACCUGCACGAAGCACACGAGAUGGCCAUGCAAGCAUUGUCGGCAGGGCCUCCGAACGGAGCGUGGAGGCCUUAUAUCUUAUCCGCGGCGGCAUCAACCCUGGAUCUCCUGCUUGGGGUCGCGGACGUCACAGAGGAGGAUCUCGACCAGAUGGUUGCGUGGUUGCAGGAGACACUCCAGCUGACCAGUCCCGGUAAUCACACCCAUGCCAAUUGCCUCAGUAACCUGGCCAUUGGCCUGCAGAAGCGCUUCAUCUGGCGCGGGUCUUUGGAUGACCUCGAGGACUCCCUCGAUUUGCAACGUCAGCUAGUUGAUAGCACUCCCAGGAGCAGCACUUUUUGGCGCAUUCGCAUGGGAAAUCUGGCUGAUAGCCUCAGCAUACGUUUCAGGGAGCUUGGGCACAUCGACGACAUUUCGGAGGCCAUCGCGCUUUACCAGGAGGCCUACGACAUGGCUGCUAUCACAAACACCACAUACGGGGAACAUUAUCUCGCAAUGGCGUCUGCCUUAUCUGUUCGCUUCAAGGCCCUUGGCGAUAGGGAAGAUCUGAAUCAAGCCAUCUCUAUCUCUUCGGCAAUGCUCGACCAUUAUUCCAUUGACCACUCCUUCCGCUCCCAAAUCGUACUUGCGCACGCAAACGCACUGGCUAUGCGCGCCCAAGACAGUGGGAAUCUGGGCGAUGUGUGCAAUGCGGUGCACCUGUUGGAGCAUAAUGUGACCGUCGUUGCGCCUGACUCUUCACAUGGGCCACGUUACCGGAGUAUGCUGGGUUCAGUAUACAUGGUCAAGUAUCGCAUGGGGAGACGCAUAGACGACGCCCGAGCAGCCAAAACCGUGUUCGAAAACCUUUUGGGACGCCUGGCUCCUGGGCGCCCAGACCGUUUUGACUGUCUCCUCAACGCCUCCGAGACAUACCUAGAAGUGGGCACCCCUUUCAACGAUAUUUGUGCUGCUCUGAACUACCUGUUGGAAGCGAUAUCUGACGACGCGCGUGAUGUCCGAUCUCGUGUCCAAGGCUCUAUGAGGGUACUCCGGUCCAUCCAAGUGUCAUCGGUAGACGAAAUCUCCGCAAAAACCAAGCUCCUCGAUACCUACUCAGUGUUGCUAUCAUUGUUACCUCGCGUGGCCUACUUUGGGCUGGACCUCGACUCACGUCUGAAGUCUUUGGAAGCAGGCCAGCGGCUGACGCCCACAUGCGCCUCCCUCGCCCUUCAGAUCUCGCAACCCGAAAGGGCCGUGGAGAUACUCGAGCAAGGUCGGGCCAUAUUUUGGGCCCACACCCUUCGAUUGCGUUCUCACUUCGACAACGUCCCCGAACAGUACCGUACGAAGCUUCUCGAGCUAGCUCAACGUCUCGAAAAGAAUGCGGACAUCUCAGACGCUUUCCCGGACCAACGGCACGUAGAACAAGCGGCCUCGCUCCGUCGGAGACAAAGCGAAGAGUUCCACGCACUUCUGACCGUCAUCCGGUCUUUACCUGGCCUCGAGAGAUUCAUGCUGCAUGAUCAGUAUUCGACACUUGUCGAAGCCGCCAACAAAGGGCCGGUCGUCAUGUUGAUAGCAAGCACGAAUGGGUCUCAUGCGGUAAUCGUACAGGCCAAUGUCGCACCAAUCCACGUUUCUCUAGAUGACUUGACUGAAUCAUGGGUGACGGAGUCAAGCGCACGGUGGAGAUCCGCCAUGGAUGAAGCAAGAUCGGCCGUGAGCCGGGACAGAUUGAACAUGACGAGGCCACGCAAAGUCAAUCGCCCUGCAGGUGUCGAUAUCCUGGAAAGCCUGUGGUCCAAGGUCGUUCAACCUAUCAUCAAUGCACUAGGAUUGACGCCCUCGAACGGCCGCCUCCGUCCCCGCUUGUGGUGGUGCCCCACGGGUAGCCUGGUCCACCUCCCGAUUCACGCAGCCGGCGCCAACGGAGUUUCAUGUUCGGACUACGUCGUUUCAUCCUACACGCCAACUCUGACGGUAUUGUCUGGCUCCCGUGAGGCCUACAAACCCGUCCACAGGAAGCACACGAAGGUCCUCGUCGGAGCUGUCCCUCGAGCGAAAUCUGCAUAUGCGGAAUUACCUUGCACCGUUGACGAAGUCAAGUCGAUAACCAGUGUCGUUCCAAGUGCAAUGCUCAUUCCGCUCCCGGACGAGGACAACGCGCUGCUCUCGACGGAAAAGGGAGGCAAGGGAGGAUUAGGUGUGCAGACGCUCCUUGAUCGUCUCCCUGAUGCAACAUUCCUUCAUCUCGCAUGUCACGGCAUUCAAGACGCGGAGCACCCAUUGAAGAGUGCUUUUGUAAUGCGGGAUGGUAUACUGACGAUGGAGCGCCUGAUGCCGGUUGUGCUUCCGGGGGCAUUUCUGGCUUUCUUGAGCGCGUGCGAGACCGCAAAGGGGUACAAGGAUCAACCCGAUCAGGCGAUCCAUCUCGCGGCCAUGAUGCUUUACGCCGGGUUUAAGAGCGUGAUUGCGACACUGUGGAACAUGGAGGAUGCAGACGGCCCGAUGGUCGCGCGGAUGGUGUACGAAGAAAUCUUCAGAGGCGAUUCGGAGGUCCUCAAUCCCGACGACGUGCCUUACGCGCUCGAUGCAGCUGUGCAGAAGCUGCGCGAGGAACAUCCAGAGCCGAGCCGCUGGGCUCUUUACGUGCAUCUUGGGAUGUGA